AUGUGUGAGCGCUUUCCAAGGUACUCUGUCUACACCAACUAUUAUGAAGUUCUUGGUGUUCCAAAAACUGCAACUCGAGAUGAAAUAAAGAAGGCUUAUAAGAAAGGUGCAAUGAAGAAUCAUCCUGAUAAAUGUGGAGACGCUGAGAAGUUUAAGGAAUUGGUUGAGGCUUAUGAAGUUCUUAGUGACCCAGAGAAGAGAAAAAUUUAUGAUCAAUACGGUGAAGAUGAUGUUACAGAGGGAAUGGGAGGAGACGACGAUCCAUAUUUUCCUGGCGGUGGUAAAUACAAAGGAGGAAGGAAGAAGCGAGGUGAAGAUGUUGUGCAUCCUCUUCAAGUCUCUCUGGAAGAUUUGUACAAUGGGGCAACCAAAAAACUCUCUGUUCCCAGGAACGCAAUAUGCGGUAAAUGUAGAGGGAAAGGUUCAAAGGGAGUCUCCUCUAAGUGUUAUGGUUGCGACGGUUCAGGAUGGAAUACUAUAGUACAUUGGGACGAUGACCGUUUUUGGGAUGCUUGUCCGGAAUGCGAAGGUUCAGGUGAGGUUUACAUGGAUCUAAUGUGCCCCCAGUGCAAGGGAAACAAGGUUACUCAAGAAAAGAAGAAACUGAAAGUUCAUAUUGAGAAAGGAAUGCUAGAUGGUCAUAAAAUUACAUUCAAGCGACAAGCUAACGAGGCUCCAGACAUAGCAACUGGUGACAUUGUUGUUGUCUUGCAACUCAAGAAACACCCCACAUUUAAGAGGAUGAUGGAUGACCUCCAUGUGGAACACAAUCUCAGUUUGACAGAGGCUAUGUGUGGGUUUGAAUUUGCCCUGACUCACCUUGAUGGCCGGAAGCUCCUAAUUAAAUCGAACCCGGGCGAGGUCAUUGAACCUGGUCAAUACAAGGCUAUCGAUGAUGAGGGUGUGAAGAGACUAUUUUGCAUGAUGUCAGCACCGAUGAGGUAA